UAUGAGGGUGUUGACGGUUGAGUGCCGAAUAGUUCCAAUGAAUUCGGUUUCUUUUCUCUAUUUAUAAAUAAAAACAACUGUAGACGUUCCUGUGCUAUUUAUAUCUUUGCAAAUCAUUCUGUAUCAUAACCCUGUAAACUAUAUAUAAUUUUGUGGCCCAAAAUCGCUUUAUUUAAAAAAUGCGUUAUAUCUUCCUCAGUACUAUUUUCAGUGUUGUGUUUGCGUAUGAAAAAGAUAUGACUUUUACUGUACAAGCCGGUAAACAAGACUGUUUUUAUCAAAAAGUGCUUCCUAAUGAAAUAAUUGAUUUAGAAUAUCAGGUAAUUGAUGCGUCACAUGGUGAGCUCGAUAUAUCAUUUCAGCUCUCAGACCCUGUUGGAAUGAUUAUUGUAGCUGAUUAUAAGAAGCCAGAGAACGCACAUAGACAUACAUCUGUGCUGGAAGGAGAUUAUCGAUUCUGCUUUGACAAUACAUUUAGUACUUUUAGUGAGAAGACUGUAUUUUUCGAUUUAAUGAUAGAUAAUGAAGAUUCACAAAGCAAAGAUUACGAUGAUGACAAGGAAAUGGAAUUGGGUAAUGCAGCUGAGACAUAUGUUAUGCGUGUAAGGGAUAUAUCAGAGUCGGUCACUCGUGUAAAAGAUAAUGUGUCAGCUGCCAAACGGUUGCAAGAGUCGCUGUCAGCACAUGAAGCAAGAGAUAGAAAUCUCGCUGAGGAUAUGUGUGAUCGGGUGCUGAAGUGGUCGAUAGUUCAUAUAGUUUUUAUGUCACUCAUCGGGAUUUUCCAGGUCUACUUCGUAAGAAGCCUGUUCGAAGACUCAAGCAGGAGUUAUAAAAAAUUUGUUCCACACUUAUGAAUACCAAAGAUUUUGUAUUUAUUAUAGCCAAUUUACUUUAGAUUUAUCAUGGGUUUGGACAAAUUAAACAUAGAUGUCUGAAUUGGAAUUUUACGUUAUUAAAAUCUACGCAAAACGUAAGAAAAGUAUAAUACCUACGUUUUGCGUACCUCUAGAUUUUAAUACUUUGUCUAACUCAUAAAUUUACAGAUAAACAAAAUGUCAUGAAACAAAACAGCGAUCACAAAUAAAGCAACUCAAUUGCCAUUAAUAAAUGUCAAAGACGCUUUCAAUGGCUCAGAGCUCAUUCAAAUAGUAGUUAUUUUAAAAUAUCCAUUAUUAUUUAUGUGUCCCGAAAUUCUGCUUCAUUUGCGAUAACCAAGUAAAUUCAAUGUUUUGCUUAAUACAUGGAUACAUAUAUCGAACUUCAAAUUGUCACGUAGUGAUAUGAUUAUAUGAAAUUAAAUUCCUUGUGUCAACGCAAAAAUAUUCAAAAUGGCGCGAAUCGCAUUCCGUCAAAUGGCGUUACACAAUUUGACGUCUUGUCUUUGACAGAUUAUAUACGUCAAAUUAAACCGUAUAUUAGACAACAUUACAGUGACACAAUUUAGUAAUUUGGUGUUUGUAGUAUUCGCUAAGUAACGUCAAUUGUCCUAAUAAAUCCAAAUAAAUUUGUUAUAGUUUAGGAAUGCCAUUUUAUAAUUUUACGAGCCAAUGUUGUUCCUAUUCAUAUCACAAAUAACAUCCACAGGUCUGAUGUUUAUAUACAUAGUUAAUUAUUGUCUAUAUACGUAAUAUAUCUUAAUGCAAUAUACAGAGUUACAAUAAUGAAAAUGUAUCUUUCAUUUUCUAUAUUUAAAACUGGUCAAAGGUUUAAAUUCAAGACAAGCUAUACUAAGCUCUGUGAAUUCAAAGAUAAGUUUAAGGGUAGAGCUCUUUAAUUAAACAAUACGUAACUUUUAAUAUGUAAUAUUUUUUUUAUUUAUAUUUAUAAAUAUAUGAAGUUCGCGCUUAACUUACCUAUGAAUUUCUAAUCCCAUUAAUUAAAUCAUGAAAGUUGUAUGUGAAAACUUGAUAACACACGAUCUUUUUUAGUCCAAUUAAUGUAAUACAGAGUGCAAACACAGAUCGCCAUUAUCAUUGUAUAUUCGACAUUCAUUGACAACGCACUGGCUUGUCCAUUUGAACAACAAUCAUGUACAAAACUUAGAGAGAAACGCAGAAUAUUAGUGAUAUUAAGACUAUGACGGUAUAUUUAUGUUUAUAGUCUGUGCGUGAGAGAACCGGUAUGUCAGUUAAGCGGACUAGGGAGCGUUCAAGUAUUAAGUCACGCAAUUUUUGGAGAUUCUUGACCCUAAAACGCAUCGUAACGUUUCUGUAUCCAAUAGUAAAACGUUUCGGGACCAACCCCAGUGACUCUUUAUACCUAAAACUUACCAGUAUUUGGUGUAAAAUAAUAGUAUUUAAUCCCCGCCUCGCAUCGUAACCUUUUACAAGAGGACCCUCCCCACCAAAAUACGUUACGUAAUACUUGAACGCUCCCCUAAUGGAUUAUUGUUUGUUGCGUCAUUUCAAUUAUUUACAAUUUAAUUUUAAGUAUCAAGAUUACGAUCGAACUAUAAUGACGUAACAGAGUUGUCAACAUGAAAAAAAAGUUAGUACCGACUUCUGUUCCAACGACGGUUCUCGUUCCGCGUAGACUAUCAUACAGCUUCGUAUAUAGUGUAGGGAAAAUAGAAGCAUAUCAAGAUACAGUGCGACAUAAUUAUCUUGGCCGGUAGCGCGUCGCUGUCAUGGGUUAGUAUUGCCAGUAAAUAAAAAUUAACCAUUAUAAGGGGAAUAAUUUGAAGUCAUGCAGGCUAACUUAAUUGAAAUGCCUGUAUAAAACAAUGUAUACUAGUAUCUAGACAAUAAAUAUCUGGGCUUAAACAAACUUAGGAACAACUGAUAUGAUGGGUACUAUUAAUAUAAUAACUUUUAAGAUACCUAGCAAUCAGAACUUUGCCAUUGUAAUUAAUAAUGCAAGAAAUAUAAGUAGAUAGUCAAAUUAUUUAUCGAGAGCUAACUCACAAUGUCAGUCUGACAUUUCAAAAUGGCGACGGCAAUACCAAUUUCCGCCGCCGACCAAGAAAAGUAUGUGGCACUAUAUUAGUUUUCGGGAUAAGAAAACGUGACAGGCCAUGUAGUUAUAAAACAAUCGUUAAUUUGACAGAUAAGUGUUAUUGUUAAAAAAUGAAACUGAAGUUUAGCAGGAUCAAUGUUCGUAACAAUGUAAAAAAAUAUAGACUAGAUUGAUUUAUAAAUCGUAGAAAAUAUAAUUGUUUUUUUUAUUAGAUUGUUUAAAAAUGAGGUUUUACUUCAAAUCGAUGAGUCCUAUAUAGAAAAAUAUAACCAGUUUUUUUUCAAUGACUUAUUGUAUGUCUCGACAGCGUCAGGUACGAAGGGAUAACAUUUAUAGAAGAAUUAAUGAUGGGAACAAAAUAAAAUAAAAUUGUCAUAAAUUGUAUAUUGAAACUUAGCGCAUAAAAAUGUAC